ACGUUCAUCGUCGAGCAUCUCGAUCCCGAGCUGGAAGAUUGGCAAGCGCUCGAAUACAAUACCAUUUCUGAGGAAAGCACUGCUGCUGGCUACCACUUCCUCCUCUCAGGCCUGACAUCUUCCUUCGACUCUUUCGAAAAGCUGAAACUUCCUGCGAGCAGCAAGACCUCACAGUCGGUAGAGGCUCUGUACGCCACACCAGAAGCCAGACAGAAGAUCUGUCUUCUCGACCCGAAAGCCGACCAGGACAUCAACCCUCAAGACGCCCACCUGUUCGAUGGCUUUUUGUUCGGUGGUAUACUGGGCGAUGAUCCGCCACGCGACCGCACUGGAGAUCUGAGGAAGCUCGGCUUUCCAGGUCGGAGGCUCGGGCCCGAGCAGAUGACGACAGACACAGCAGUGAGGACGACGAGGAUCGUCGUGCAGGAAGGCAAGAAGCUGGACGAGAUUGACUACGUCGACCGACCAGAAAUCCAUGUGCCUUCACAGCCAAAUCGCGAUGGCAAGGGACCUACAGAGAGUAUUAGCAUGCCUUUCAAGUACGUGAAAGGACCUGACGGCAAGCCCAUCAUGCCCACAGGAAUGCACGAGCUGCUUGCGAGUGACGCCGACAAGGACAUCAUGGAUCUGCUUUGA